GCCGGGGGUGGGAUCGUUGCUGCUGUCAGCCGGGCUGUCUCGCUCUCUUUCUCUCUCCACCGCUGGGAAGCAGCUCCUCCGCUCUGUCUCAAAAAGUAUUUCUUCUAAGAGCACCCCUCCCUGGGCCGGCAUGCUCACACACGGCGUGAAGCUGAGGCCCGUCCCCAUACAGAGCCUGUCGGAGGUGGAGCGAGCGCGGCUUCAGGAAGUGGCUUGUGCACACCUGGAGGAGAGGGAGCUGGACUUCAAGAUCAGCAUCCCUCGAGCAGUUCGCAAGAGGACAAAAUAUCUGCGCAGGAGGUUUGAUUCCUUCUCCAAAGAGAGAAAGGAUAGAGAGGCGGCCCCCAAGGCCUUCGGGAUCCCCCUGGCCCAGGUCAUAGCCAACGACCGGGCUCACAAGAGGCGGCAGGACGCGCUGAAGGAGAGCCAGCGAGACUCUCUGGAGCUGGAGGCCAGCGUGCUGCACUUCCAGGCUGAGAAGCAGAAGCAGCCUGGCUCCGACAGAGCCUGGUGUGGCCCGGCUCCCUCUCGCGCCGUGCCCCUGUCCGCAGGGACCCGCAGCAAGCCACCCUCACUCCCCAAGCAGGACAACAGCUGCAGGACACACCGCAGGGGCGGCCUCUCCGUGGACUCCAUCUCAGACUUGGUGGAGAGCCAAUCCCGACUGCUGGAGGCUCUGCAGCUGUCGCACCCCUACGAGCUGGACGGCAAGAGGGCCGCAGACCACGCCCAGGCCAGGCUCAGCCUCAACCCCAUUUACCGGCAGGUGCCACACCUGCUGGAGCUGUGCUGCAGGCACAUCGAGACCCACGGGCUGCACACGGUGGGCAUUUUCCGUGUAGGAAGCUCAAGGAAGAGAGUGCGGCAGCUUCGUGAGGACUUUGAUCGAGGUGCAGACAUGGUCCUGGAUGAGGAGCACAGCGUACACGACGUCGCUGCCCUGCUGAAGGAGUUCCUGAGGGACAUGCUGGACCCCCUACUGCCCCCGGAGCUCUACCCCACCUUUCUCCAUGCUAACACCCUGAAGGGUGUGGAGCAGGUCCUCUAUCUGAAGUUGCUACUCUUCCUGCUUCCGCCGGCCAACUGCGACACGCUGCUGCGGCUGCUGACCCUGCUGCACACCGUGCAUGAGCACGCCCAGGACGGCACCCGCCCCGGCACGCAGCAGGUCCCCGGCAACAAGAUGACAGCAGCCAACUUGGCCGUCAUAUUUGGGCCCAACCUGCUGCAGAAGGAGAGGGGUUCUGAGAAGGACCCGGGUCCACAGGUCGCGGGCAUAGAGGACAGCACCGCCAUCAUCUCUGUCACUCUGCAGCUCAUCCAGAACCACAAGCACCUGUUCAUGGUACCUGUGGCAUUCCAGCAGGAGGUGCUGGUGCGCCUCAUACAGACAGACCCAGACAUCAUCGUCUACCUCCUUCGCAGGAAGCUCAGCACCACUUAUCCAGCAACAGAUGAUGAUGCUGGAGGAGGCGGAGUUGCCAGGGAUUCGUCGGAGCCCGCGGGGCUGUCCAAUGGGAGCCUGUCACCCAUGGAUCCAACUGUGACCGAGUUCCAGGGUCCCCAUGAAGACAUCAGCUUGAGCAGCGAGGUCAUCUUCAGCGUGCUGAGGCACAGCCAGAUACAGAAGUAUGCCCCUGAUGUCAGACUUGGCAAAUCCAUGACUCGUAUCCGCCAGUUCCACUCCCACCACAACUUGCUCAGCCUGGCCCGACCGUCGUGCCGCUCACUCUCCGAUGACAGGGAGGAGGCGGGGUCUGCUAUGGCGGGGACUGUCUGCUUCAGCCUGGGGGAGGACCUCGGGGCAACUCAGACCCCAAGCCCAAAGGACCAGCCUGGUAUAUGGGCAAAGGACAGCAGGCCUGCAGCCGCUACCUUCUGGGACUUAUUCACUCGAAAAGCUCCCAGCUCUGAAGCUGCUCUGUGAGCUCAUGAGUAAUAAUGGUGAGCAAAAUCAGAGACUGUAUGCCAGAAUUUCUAUGAGGCACAGACAUACAGCCACAUACAUAGAGUCUGUGGUCAGUUUAUUAGGUACGCCUGCUUGUUAAACAGCCUGGGCAUCCAAACAGCCAAUCACAUGACCGCAGCUGCAGAACACUCUGGGCAUCCAAACAGCCAAUCUCAGUAAAGCUGCAGAACACUCUGGGCAUCCAAACAGCCAAUCACAUGCAAACCAGGGUCAGGGAGUUCAUCUACUGCAUGGCCGAGCAUUAGACUGGCUGAGAAUGUAAGAGAAUUUAAACCUGGUGUGAUUGUCCAUACCGGUCGCGGUCCCAGCAUCUCAGAAACAGCUGCCCGCCUGGGAUUCUCACACAUUAUGUUCUCUAGAGUUCACAGAGGGGUGGCAUGGUGGCACGGUGGUUAGCACUGUGCCUCAGCAAAAAGGUCCUGGGUUCAGUUCCGGGUCCUUCCUGUGCUCCCUGUGCUCACAUGGGUUUUCACCGGGGGCU